AUGGUCAAAAUGAAAGAAAAAAAAUGUCUUUGUCCACCGAAUUAUUUCGGUGCUCGAUGUCAAUGGCAAAGUCAACGUAUUAGUUUGACUGUUCAAUUAAAAUGGCAAAGUAUUGCAUCUACUACUGUUAUUUUUCAAGUAAUAAUCAUGCUAAUAGAUGAACAUGGACGAAUCACACUUAAUCAUGAGCAAAUUACAUAUAUGCCUACUCAUGAUUGUUCUACAAAGUUUAAUGUCUAUCUACUCUAUCCCGAUAGACCAAAAUCUUUAUCAAACAAUUAUUCAAUUCGUAUUGAUCUCUAUGAAAAAACAAAACUAAAUUAUUGGGCAAGAUACUCCGGUACUUAUUGUAAUAUUACACAUAAAUGUAAUUGUGCAAAUGAUUCAUUUUGUCUUGAUUCACCAAUCUGUAUCUGCUCAUUACAUAAAUUUGGUCGAUAUUGUCAUUUAACACAUUCAAUUUGUCAAUCAUCAAACAAUCCAUGUCAACACAAUGAAGUUUGUGUACCAACUGAUGAUUGUAUUAGUCUAAAAGCAUUUACCUGUUUCUGCCCAGAAGAUUAUUCAGGUCAAUUAUGUCAAAAUAAAAAUAAUCGAAUUGAUGUACGUUUAGACGAAACAAUAAUAUCCAUAACUUCACUAUUACUUUUACAUUUCAUUACUAUAUUUGAAGAUGCUGAAUAUGAACGAAUAACUAUAUUAAAAAGAGUUCCUUUUAAUCAAAAUAUUUUAACAAUUAUUGUAAGAUAA